GAAGUAAGUGGGUUGUUUGGUUUGGUUUGCUGAAUUUAUCAUGUCAGUGUUUCAAUUUUUGUGUGUAUAGUGAAUAAUUGUAAUGUUUUGUAAUUGCUUGAACUUAAUUUAUCGCAAAGUUAUAAUUUAUUAAUUAAUAUGGUUUUGAACGUCAAGAAUUAUAACGUUAUUAUAAUUUCAUUGAUAAAUGAGACGUUUCGUGAGCUUCUAGGAUUACAUUGAUUUUAUAGUGUUGCAUGUUCCACUUCUUAUUAAAAGAUCUGGGGUUUAACUGUACAUGGAUUUAUUAUUUUUUACAAUAGUGAUAUUACCAUGGUGUGCUGCAAAUGCAGAGUUUCAGCCUGGAUCAAAAUUAUUAGCUUACAUAAAAAGCAAUCCUGUGUGUCCUGAAGUAGAGCUAACUGAAAGAGAGGGAAUUAUAUCUAGCCCAUUUUAUCCCGACAUUUAUCCAAAACACAUAUCAUGUGGCUGGCAUAUACGAGGAAAUAUUGGAGAUGUUAUAACUGUGAUGUUUGAUGAUGUGGAUAUAGAGGAAAGUUGUUGCUGUAAUGUUAGGCCAUGUUGCAUGUUCAAUUGGAUUAAAAUUGGACCUCUCAUUGAUGGCUCAGAGGGGCAGUUUUGUGGAAAAGGAGUUCAAUAUCAUAAUGCGAUAAUUUCUAGCACUCAUAAAUUAUGGAUAAAAUUUCAUAUAUCAAAGUUCACUAGGGGUGGAAGAGGAUUUCGAUUUCACUAUAAAAUCAGCACUAUACCUUGCCCACUACUAAUGCCAGAAGCAGUAGUCACUUUAUUAUGCAGUCAUCUAAUAGGUAGGCUGCCAUUACCUCCUGUGAAGAGACAAACACCGUACCUUCUCCGGGAUUCAAACUUGGAGCCUUCG